AUGGAGGCCGAGGUUUUCAUGGCCUUGGCUCCGUCGGCUGGGCGGCUGGACGAGGCGGCGCUCAAGCGGGUGAACGCGGCGCUGCGCGGUCCCGCAGGUCACUGGAAGAAGUUCGUCUUGACGUUGGCGAGCGAAGGCCGGACCCCUUCCCUCGAGGAUGCGCCGCGCUUCGUUCGCUUCCUGGGCCACGAGCUCCGGGGGUGGGAUGAUAUGCGAGGUCAGAGAGUGAGACAGGCACGCUCACGACCUACAUCUAUACGGCGGACCAAGGCCCCGAUCAGAUUGGCCUCAAGAAGAUCGUUCCCGUUGAAAUUAUUCUGGCUGGCAUUUGAGAGGCACAACGUCUACUGCAGCGAGCGCCAAGGUCUCUGUGUUCGCGGUGUCGGGCUGCUCUGGCGAGAUGAUCCACCUCCUGGGACAUCAGCAGUGGGGCAGCGGAGCUGA